UACGUUACUUCAAAAGUUUUUCAGUUUUCUUUCAAGUAUAGGUUCAGAAUGUCAAGGCCAACUGAUGUAUCAGCUCCUAAUCAGGAAAACAGAUAUAGUAAAGUUUCUUCAUGAGGUUCUAGAAGAAAGCAGUUCAUGUGAAAUCCAAGUUCAAGCAUUUGCUCUUCGGAUUGUGGGAUUAUUGUCCCAGAACUUUUUCAUUCAAAUGCUGGAGAGUCAAGAUAGUUUUCCAGUUUUUGAUGAUCUUAAGAAAUUGUCUAGAAAUGAGAAGAUUUCUACGGUUGAUGCUGUAGUUAGAGCUGCUUUUUUGGAAUGUGUGUACAAAUGCUCAUUAGUUGAUGAGGGACUUAAAUGGAUUUAUGAAUGUGGUAUACAUGAAACUGGCCUAUCCUGUCUAUCAGACAGAAGUCUGUACGUUAGUAGAGCUGCUGAAUUGUUCAUCGUCAGUUGUCUAGUUAAAAGUUUUCAUCAUGUCCAUGGCUCUAGCGCAGAGACAACUAAGCCUUCUGAGGAACUUUUUAGUCAACUAAUAGAAGCUGUUUUACAACAUUUGACCUGUCCGAAAGAAAAUGAUGUUAUUACAGAAAGCCAGAAACGAGUGCUGAUAAGUUGUAUAGCAGUUCUAAGAGGAGUUUUUGACAGAGAAUCAGAGGUUUUAAAACUCCUGAACAGUAAAUACAAGUUUGAUGAAGCCCUUAUGCAGAAGUUUUUACAGCCAGGACUUGAUGUAAAUGUACGAUGUAAAUUUUCCGAGUUGGUGGCAUUGGUUCUAUCCAGUAGUCUUAGCAACAUACCUGAAUUUACAGCACAGCUGACUCAAAUAGUCUCAACUUUAAUCUUACAGAACCAGUUGCAAGUGUUGUUGUGUCUGGCUGCUGCUUUUCUGAAGUGUAUGCCCCCAGGUGCCAGUCAUCUAAGUACGCCACUGUUGUACAUCAUGAUCAGCCCUCUUGCAAAAAUUGGUGGUUUUGAAGUGAACAUGCAACCUUUUGAUGAAAUAGGAUUCCUGGUAGAAAGUGUUUUGCUAGAGAAAACUACUUGUAGGAAGAUAACAAUGUUCAGCUUAAAUCUCUUAAAGUCUAUUCAAAGCACUUUACAAAACAGUGACAUUUUAUUAAGUAUGAAGAUUUUGCAAGAAUUAGUCAAGCUUACAGUUCCUUAUCAGACUGACUCAUCAAGCAAGGUUCACAUUAUGGGAUGUAAAAAAACAAAAAGAGCACUCCUGGGAACUUUAGCAUCCUUAGUUAAUAUACAAGGUAUCUUAGAAGAAGAGGAAGAAAUAUCAAAGUUGUUACAGACUUGCUGUGAGGUGAUGGAGAGUACCGAUAUAACACCAGCUGUAAGUUUGCUCAUCUUUCACAUGCUUUAG